AUGCAUAUUGAAGCAUCACAUAACGGAGAUGCAAGUGUACUAUCAGAAAUUGCGGCAGCACAAGCUAUGAGAAAAAGUUAUGUUCAUGGUGUAUCAACGAUUCCUCUCCUAUUUGAUACCAUUGGUGAUCGUCUUCGAUUAGCUGUUGAUCAGGUUCCGAAUCGAGAAUUUGUUAUUUUUAAACGUGAUGGUAUACGGAAAACCUAUCAACAACUUCUUCAUGAUUGUGAAAAAUUGGCUACCGGUUUGUUGCAUUUGGGUUUGAAUCGUGGUGAUCGUGUAGGAAUAUGGGGCCCAAAUUUAUACGAAUGGAUUGUUUGCCAAUUUGCUACCGCACUUGCUGGCAUGAUUUUGGUCAAUAUAAAUCCAUCAUAUCAAUCGGAAGAGCUAAAAUUUGCCAUUGGUAAAGUUGGCAUCAAAGCAUUGGUCUCACCUGCAACUUUCAAAAAAUCAAACUACUAUUUGUCGAUGGUGGAUAUUAUUCCGGAACUUGCCGUUAAACCGGAAGGCAAUGGUAAUAUAAAUGUGGAUUAUUUUCCUGCUUUUCGUCAUCUUAUUAUCAUCGAUCAAAGUGCUGAUGAGAAAUCUUACAAAGGAGCCUGGAGAUAUUCGGAUGUGAUAAAAAUGGGUACUGAGGAAGAUCGAUUAAAACUGGCCAACAUUGAGCGACAGAUACGACCGGAUGAUCCGGUCAAUAUACAAUAUACCAGUGGUACCACUGGGCAACCAAAAGGAGCUACCUUAACUCAUCAUAAUGUUGUGAAUAAUGCAUAUUUUGUUGGACAACGCGCUGGUUACAACGAAAAGCGUACAAUAAUUUGUAUUCCGAAUCCACUGUAUCAUUGUUUCGGUUGUGUUAUGGGUAGUUUGAGCGCAUGUGUUCAUUUGCAAACUUGCGUAUUUCCAGCACCAUCAUUCGAUGCUCUAGCUGCUCUUCAAGCUAUAGAUGAAGAAAAAUGUACAGCCAUUUAUGGUACUCCAACAAUGUAUAUUGAUAUGCUAAAUCAUCCUCAAUAUAAGCAGUUUGAUUGCACAUCGAUAACAUCGGGUUUUGUAGCCGGAGCGCCAUGUCCUAUAGCAUUAUGUCAAAGACUUGUCAAGGAAUUGGGUAUGCGUGAUUUGCAGAUAUGUUAUGGUACAACGGAAACUAGUCCAGUAUCUUUCAUGUCACUUCGAAAGGAACAACCGGAGGAACGCGUUAAAUCUGUUGGCUAUAUCAUGGAUCAUCUUGAGUCUGCUGUAGUCGAUAAUGAAGGAAUUAUUUUACCACGUGGUGAACGUGGUGAAGUACUGGUACGUGGUUAUUCCGUGAUGAAAUACUAUUGGGAUAAUGAACUGCAAACUAAAGAAGAAAUUACGGCUGAUAGAUGGUAUCAUACUGGUGAUAUUGGUGUAAUUCAUCAAAAUGGUUCACUGAGCAUUGUUGGCAGAAAAAAGGAUAUGAUUGUACGUGGUGGUGAAAAUAUUUAUCCGUUGGAGAUAGAGCAAUAUCUAUUUCGACAUCCAAAAAUUGAAGAUGUGCAGGUUGUUGGUGUACCGGAUGAACGAUAUGGCGAAGUAGUAUGUGCAUGGAUACGAUUGCAUGAUUCUGCAAGUGAUGUUACAGAGGAAGAUAUCCGAAAUUUUUGCAAAGGACGAAUUGCACACUUCAAAAUUCCACGAUAUAUUUUAUUCAAAAAAGAAAACGAAUUUCCGUUAACAGUAACGGGUAAAGUCAAAAAAUACGAAAUAAGGGAGUUAUCGAAAGUUGAACUUGGCUUAGAGCAAGUCAAACGACAUACUGAUCAUUUCAAUGGUGAAUGGGUUUUCAAAGUACAAGCAGAAAAACAUUCCGCAAAACCGAGGGGUUGA